AAGAACAAGCUGAAGAAGCCGGUUGGCACACUGGUAGAAGUAGAGUGCAUCUGCAUACUAUAGAUAUCUGUAUAUGUAAGGUCUAACGAGAAAGCCAUCGACGAAAGCACUCUGAGCUGACGCGUGGAUCGUGCUCCUUUUUUAACCGUUGACAAGAACUACACAGAUGGACACCAGCACAACCCCUGAAGACAAACCGGUGCAGCGCUCCAAGUCCUUCGGCUUUAAGAUGCAGAGGGAGCUGUGUUCGUCCUGUGAGAAGACGGUCUAUCCCAUGGAGAGGCUUGUGGCAGACAAGCAGAUCUUCCACACGACCUGCUUCUGCUGCAAGCACUGCAACACCAAACUCAGCCUGGGGUCCUACGCAGCCUUGGAGGGCCAGUUCUACUGCAAGCCCCACUUCCAGCAGCUGUUCAAGAGCAAAGGAAACUACGACGAGGGAUUCGGUCGUCGGCAGCACAAGGAGCUGUGGACCAGCAAAGAGCCCGAGACCAAAACUACAUAAACCAUGUCUGCCUCCCCCCCCGU